CAUUUUCACUGUCAUGGAUGAACAAGUUUUGGAUGCUUUUUGUGAACGUUUAAGGCAGCGCCUUUACAUAGGUGAAAGUGUAAUCCUUCGUAGAGACCAUCCAAUUGAUAAGAUGAUAUUUAUUGUCCGUGGAAACUUGGAGAGUAUUGGCAAAGAUUCUGGCACAGUAACACUUUCUGGAGGAGAUAUCUGUGGUGAAGAACUUCUCACAUGGUGCCUUGAGCAUUCUGGAGUGCAGAGAACAGAUAACAAGAAGUUCAGACGAACUGGCCAAAGAGCAAUUUCUAGCAGAACAGUCCGUUGUCUAAGCAAUGUAGAAGCAUUUUCUCUUCAAGCAGCUGAUUUGGAAGAGGUGACAAGACUUUUCAGUCGCUUACUACGCAAUCCAAAAGUUCAAGGGGCUAUAAGAUAUGAGUCACCUUACUGGAAGACAUGGGCAGCAACAUGCAUACAAGUUGCUUGGAAAUACCGGAAGAAGAGGUUAAACAGAAAUUUGAUGGGGAACAAUGACAUGAAUGAUUAGUCCUUUUGUUUAAAAUCUGGUUGAGAGUUUUGGGUUGACUAGAUUUCAAAGGGGCAAGGAAAUUUGGCUUUUGUAAUAUGGCACUUGUAUAAAAUCAAUUCUUCCUCGUAUGGGAGGGGAAACAUAGUUAAUUUAUUUUUUUUCGUGUCAAAUCGGUUCUUCAUUGCAAACUACCUUCCCCCUCAUACAAAAUUUUCAUUCAACAAACUUUCUUCUAAUGAAUCAAUUUUUGCAUUGGCGACUUA